AUGGCGGAACACGGGGGCGAGGCGCUGGUGCGGUCGCGGUCGCUGUUUUUGUGGGACGACGGGAGCCCGAUGCGGUUCUACGUGCGGCCCGGGCAGGCCAAGCUGCGCUUGGCGCCCCUGGUGCUGGCGGGCGGUGGGCGGCUGUGCCGUGUGCAGGAGCCAGGAGCCGUGCUCCUGGCGCAGCCCGGCGAGGCAGCGCCCGGCGGGGCUGUCUCUACCGAGUACGUGACGGAGUGCGUGGAGCGCAACCAGCGGCUACCACUGGAGCCCUUCCGGCUGCCCGCCGCGCCGCCCGCGCCGCCCGCCACGUCGCCGCGCGGUCGCCUCGCCUUCACGGAGGCGGAGGACGCAGCGCUGCUGCGGGCGGUGCGCGGGCGGUGCGAGGCGCGGGUGAGCGGCCGGGCGCUCUGGAAGGAGCUGGAGCGAGGCGGUCUGACGCGGCAUAGCUGGCAGGCUAUGCGCGACCGCUACCUGCGGUACCUGCGGCCGUUGCACGGGGAGCCCCAACAGAUGGAGGAGCCCGCACAAAGCACGGGUCUUUUCGAGGCAGCUAAUCGGGAGUUCGAAAGCACGGAGUCAGGAAGUGACACUUCGGACAUUUCAGAAGAACUUUCUGCACAAGAUGGAGAGGGAAAGUCCGCAGGACAAACAGCAUCUGUUUUGAAAACUAGACCGGAGGACUCUGUUCUCCCUGACACUCAAUUACAAAGGGAAGAAAGACCAACAAGCACUUCUUCUUCCAAUGUGGUGGGAGAAGUAGUAAAAACUAUGCAGCACUUCAUGGAGAAGUUUGGCAUGGACCUGUUCACUGUUACACAGGCCUUUCUGAAAAACACUGGUGAAGUGGAGACUACUUUAUACUUUCUGCAGACAGGGCAGCGCUUGGAUGGGUACCCUGUAUGGAGCAGAGAGGAUGAUUUGGCAUUGCAAAAAGAUGAUGAACGUGUCAGAAAUAAAUUGAUAGCAAAAUUUGGAGCUGAAAAUGUAGCAAAGCGGGUAGCAUUUAGGAAAAGUUAGAUAGCAAAGCAGAGGGGAAUGACUGAUCUAAGACUGUGGCAGGAACUUAAAAAAAAACGAAGUCAUUUCAGAGAUGCAAAUGUGAUGGAAAAUUUGAUGCAACUUUCUGAAGUUUCAGAAAUGCUUUAAAAUUUUUUUUAAUAAAAGACCUAUUUUGUAUUUGAUUUUUAUUUGUAAUACUGAGUACACUAAACAUUUAAAAAUAGAAAAUACUAGAAAAAGAAGAGAAAGGUUCUAUCAGUAUCAGGUUUUCACUGAAAAUUUGCUUUAAAGUGUGUACCUACUAUAUAAACCAGCUGACAGUCCUACCUGUACAUUGCUGCAUGCAAAGGAUUUUGAAUAGGGUUGGCACCAAAAUCUGACAAUCGCAGUAAGUGCUCUAACCUGUAAUGCAUUAUUAGUGCACAGUAGCAGCCUGCCCUCCCUCUGUCGUGUGUCUUACCUCAGACUGUUUUGUAUGAUCAUUUAAUAACCUGCUCUGCCAGUUGUUGCCAUUACCCUUUCUUUGUUGUUAAUGAACAUUUGUUAGCAGCAGACAUUUGGAGACAGCAGUGAAAAUCUAACUGUUCAAAAAGAGGGAUCAAGAACAUUUGUGCCAAAAGAUGAGGCACUUGGUAUCAUAAAUGAAUGCUGAGAUGUCUCAGAGUGCCCGUGUGUACUGGGAAUGGCCAAAAAAAGGUCACUAUGAUCUAAUAUUCAACCCCAUGUUACAGAAAUCUGUCAGUUAAAACCUCAGGCCAGUAGACAGUCAUCUCAAUUUUUAUUACCACUUCCAGCAUGUGUUUCCCAGUGCUAAUACUGCAGGAUUUAUUUAAUAUUAACUUUACCAUCUUGCUUCAUGAUUUCAAAAACAAUGAAUAGCUCUGCUCCAGCUUGCAUCUCUACAGAUUGAAGAGCCCCAGCUUCUUUAAUCCAGGGAAAGUAACACUUGUACCAGACCAUAUAGUCUAGUUGGGGCCACGUGCAAUAGUUCAAGUAGGAGAUACAAGUUAAGAAAGAGUACUCGGUGUAUUUAUGUAAGUAUCACUUAAGUCAUGUUUGAGAGAACACCAUUGCUAGUAUGCAGUCACAAUCCAAAAAACUCAGCACUUUCAGCCUGAAAUUAUGCUCUGGUCAUUAUUUUAAUAUUAUUUGAAGUCAGUCCUGUAAAUCUGGAAUUCCUUUGGUGAAAUAAAUGAGCUUGUAAAAGCAAA